CGGUCACAACGGCAUUGUGGAAGAAGGGAAAAUAAAUGCCCUUGUUGCGAAAGAAGACGUCGUAUUUACUAAGCCUUUCUGGCAAAUCGCGCCACCGUAUUCGUAAUGUGGGCUCCGAAAGAGCUUCACUUGAUGUGAUGUGUCGUUUAUAGCUCCGAUUGAUUAUGUCCUUUUUAAAGCCAGCUCAUGAAUGAGCCAAGCCAUUCCUACUUCCGUUCUGAUUCAAAUCAGUAAUGGCCGUUGAUUCGUCCUGUGAGGGAGAACCACUAACUGAGGAAUUCUUGAAAGGGAAUGGCAGUUUACCUGCCAAUUGUAGGUGUGUGAAGUCUCUUGAAUCAAGUCCUACUGAGACUAACCAACACUUUUCCUCAGUUCCAGAGAUUCCGCCUAUUCUUUUUGAAGAGACUUCACUUCCAGCAGGAUUAUAUCAACCUUUAAGCGAUUCACCUGGUCAAAAUGUCUAUAGUAUUUCAGUGUUGUCCAAGGACGUUGUUGAUGCACGUGCUUCACCACCAGCAUUCUUAAGCAUCUUGGAGGUUCCCAAUCAAUCUAAAGGUCCAAUGUGCGUAGAUGCGCACUUGAAUUGCCAGAACUGCUUUAAUUUUCAAAUGGAGAAUGAAGAGGUGUAUUCCCCAUGCAUAAUUGAUCUACCUAGUGAAAAGGAAAAUUCAAUUUCACCAGAAUCAUACGAGGAGGGAGUUGAAAUUUUUAAAACUGAAAAUUUACUUGCUAGGUUAUUUUGGAGACAAGCAAGUUUUAAAUUUGGCGGAAGAGAAAAAUCAGUCACUGAGAAAGUUCAUGAUAUACCAAAUAACAAAUGCAGAAGACUCAAGCGUUCCACUUCGUUUGAUUCCAGAAAAGUCGCACUUCUAUUUUCAAUAUUGUCAAGUUUGGGAUCGCUGGUGCUGAUAUACCUGACGUUGAGAAUCCGGCUUAAGGGUGAGAAUUUUGUUCUUAUUUAGUCGUUCAACCUUUGCUGCCUUGAAUUAGAUUUUUUUUUUUAAAUGCUGCCGUGUGUUGACGUGUAGAAUAGUUCCCUUCUGUUUCAAAUAAAAUAAGCUUCUCUAUUAAAAUUAA